CAGCUUUCAACUGGAUCCACGGCAAUGUUAUUUGAUAUUCUUGUCUGCAAAGUAUAAAUUGCUACCUUUCGACCGUCAAGAAUUGACGAACGCAAACACUGUUUCCUGUCAUUGAUUCUCCAAAAAUCAUACUAUACUCAAUGACCACAACGAAAGCUCAGGUCGUCCGGGUCUCCGACGGCAAACCCCGCUUGGCUUUGGACGAUCUUCCUCUCCCGACGACCAGUCCUGGAAAGGCUCUGGUGAAGGUUGAUCACGUUGCUCAAAACCCAACUGAUGUCCAAUCGUUUGAUUCCAACGCCUUCGGAGAUGGCGCCGUUCUUGGCUGCGACUUUGCCGGCACUGUCGAUAAUGUCCAUGAAACCGUCACCAAGCUCAAGAAAGGUGAUCAGGUCGCUGGUUUGAUUUGGGGUGGAGAGGUCAAGGACAUUGGCGGGUAUUCUCAGUAUUCCAUUGUGGACGAGCGGAUUUCUUUCAAAAUUCCCAAGGGAAUUACAUCUGAGCAAGCAAGCACGGUUCCAUUGGCCGCUACGACAGCCUGGCUGUCAUUCUUCUCAAAGCAGUGUUUGAACAUUCCUAGAGAUGGCGCUGAGCGUAGUGUUCUCAUCUGGGGCGGGAGCUCUAGCGUUGGCCUUUACGCAAUCCAAGAGGCAGUCCAGCAAGGGCUCAAGGUCAUUACGACUUGCAGCCCUAAGCAUUUCGAUUGGCUGAAGAAACUCGGUGCACACCAUGUGUUUGAUUAUCGGUCGGAAGACGUUGUGGAACAAAUCAAAGCGGUGGCUCCAGACUUGAUUUACGCUUUUGACACGAUUGGCAUGAAGUCGUCGUCUAGCCUUGCCUCAAAAGCACUCAGAGAAGGAGGCGGAACGCUGUGCACCGUACGACCAGGGAAAGCCAAUACUGAAGAGGUUUCUCGCGGUGUACAAGUCACUGAUGUUCUCGUCUGGACUGCUUUUUUGAAGGAGCACAGAUACGGAGAAUUCUACUGGCCUCCAUCCAAAGAUGAUCACGAGCUGGCAGCGGAGCUGUUCGAUAAACUUCCUGAGUGGUUGGAAACGGGCAAGAUACAACCUAACCCGACCAGGGUCUUCCAAGGGCUGGAGUUUGUCAGUAGAGGCUUUGAAGCAUACCGCAAAGGGGAGGUCUCUGGCUUCAAAAUCGUGUACAGUAUCUGAAGUAGAGCUAUUUCGAUUAUCGGAAGUACCUGGCAAACGGCAACCUGGCUACGC